GAGGGAGAGAAAAGUAGCCAGCCAGCCAGCCAGCCAGCAGACAGAGGCAGCGGCGAGAGCGAGCACAGCCGCGGAGACAGACAGACGCACGCACGCCACGCCAUUACAAAUCGCCCCCAGCGAGCGAGCCGAGCACCAAACCCUACCCAACCUCCACCUGCCAGCCAGCCCUCCCGCGGAUCCCCGCCCUCGGCUCGCGUCUCGUCUCGCCGGUCUUUUUUUCUCUCCCGCCGCCGCGCCAUGGAGGAGGGGAGGAGGGGGACGAGGACGGUGCGGGUGCGGAACAUCUCAGAUCUGGCCGGGGAGAGGGAGGUGCGCGAGUUCUUCUCCUUCUCCGGCGAAAUCGACCACGUCGACAUCAGGCCUGACGGGGCGGCGGCGGGGAGGACGGCCUACGUCACCUUCAAGGACGCCAAGGCCCUGGAGAUCGCGCUGCUGCUCUCGGGAGCAACAAUUGUGGAUCGAGUUGUGAACAUAACCUCUGCUGAAGAUUACAUCUACAUCCCUGUUAAUGAACAGCAACUUGUGGUGAAUGAGGCGACAAGUACAGCUCCUACUGCAGAUUUGGAACAACCUACUGAGGCCAACACAAGCCCCACUAGUGUUUAUGCCAGCAAGGCUCAUGAUGUCAUGACAACUGUCAUCGCAAGGGGUUCAGCAAUUCGACAAGAUGCUGUGAACAAAGCUAAAUCAUUUGACGAGAAGCAUCAGUUAAGGGCUAAUGCAUCAGCUAGGAUCAGUUCCUUUGAUAGGCGUGUUGGCCUUUCAGAGAAGUUAAAUACUGGGAUAUCAGUCGUAAAUGAAAAGGUGAAGACUGUGGACCAAAGGUUACAUGUUUCUGACAAAACAAUGGCUGCUUUGCUGGCUGCAGAGCGCAAGCUAAACGAUACAGGCUCUGCUGUGAAAACUAACAGGUAUGUGUCUGCUGGAACAAGCUGGCUGAAUGGUGCCUUCAGCAAGGUUGCCAAGGCUGGUCAUGUUGCUGGCUCAAGAACAAGAGAAAAGUUCCAGAUAGCUGUGUCAAAUAUAUCAGCCAAAGGGCCAGCUGUCGUUGCUUGAGUUUGUUCUGGAGCUCCUCUUCCUGGGGAAAAUCUGUUGGAAACCUUGAGCAAGCACCUUCUGUUGGUUGUGUCAUCAAGCUGUGGCUUGUAACUGUGUAUUUCUCUGUUUUUUUUUUCUUCUUCUUUGAGGAGGUUUUAACUUUCAGGGAGUUUGUCAGAUUUGGUACAUAGAGGAUCUAAAUUUUCUUUAGAAUUUUAGAACCACUAUUCUUUUUAGUGUCGGUGUUCAAUUGAUUAUAGGUGGCAGUGGCACUUUGGACCAUGUUUGGUGUGGUUUCAUGAUUGUCAUUGAUGGCCCAUGUGUCAUGUUUCUGCUUCUGCAGAAAUUGUCACUCAAAUUGAGUAAUUUGGAACAUAUGGAACUGCAAUGCUUCUUUGUGUACACAUUCAUCUUAUGCAGUUAGUAUGCAUU